CAAGAGCCUUGGGACAGAGACUGCUGUCUGCCCUCUCCACUCACGCUGACCAGCCUAAGGAUCUGUGACCCCAGCAUGAGGACCCUCGGCCUCCUUGCUGUCCUUCUCCUGGUGGCCCUCCAGGCCCAGGCUGGGCCCCUGCCAGAGGAAGCUGAGGAAGCUCUAGACCAGGAGCAGCCUGAGCCACAGGAUGAGGAUCUGGCCAUUUCCAUCACAGUGCAUGAAAACUUCCUCCUUCAAGAUCCAGCAAGGAGGUGCUGGUGCCGAAGGUACUGCCGUCCCGGGGAGAGUCGCCGCAUUGGCUGCCUCCCAGCCUUCCUCUGGUUAUGCUGUCGCUGAGACUGCACGGUGGAGAGGGCAGACGCAGGUUGCUGAGAGACCUGAAGGGCACAGCUCUCACUCCUCUACCUGGUCUUCA